AUGAAUAAAUGGGCGCUGCGGAACUACGGUCUGUCUCUGUGGCGCGGUAGGAGCAUAAAAAGUGUGACGCGUCUGGGUGUGAAAAUGGCGGCUAUGAACAAAAAGACUGCGGUGGUCUCGAGGCCCGAUUCCAAAUCCGGCAGGAUGUCUUCAGUCCAGACUCUCCGGCAGUUCGUCAACGAUCGUCUGGCCGCUGCUGCUCGGGAAAUCUUCGGAGUGUUCGAACUCACCGUGUCCGAGUUGGAGGAAGAGGUGGCGCGCCAGCGGAAGCUGCUGGACGUGCUGCUGAAACCCGCGACUCUACUGCCGAACAAAGCCCUUCAGAGCCCCGCGGAGACGCAGAAGGAGGCGGAUCCUCCACACGUGGUGGUGGAAGUGGAGCAUCAGGAGUCUGGUUCUGGUCUGGACCAGGAGGAGGCAGAAGCUCCACCCACUGGCUUGAAAAAGGAGCAGCAGGAAGAUGUCCCGAAGUUCCCCUUCAAGGUUGUUGUUGUGAAUGUUGGAGAUGAUGAUGAUGGAGCUGAAGAAGAUGCAGGUGAAGAUGUUAAAGAUGGGUCACAACAGCUUUGUCAGAGAGUGGAAGAGCCUCCAACCACCAGCUCAGCUCAAACAGCUUUGGAAACAGAAGCUGAUGGAGACGACUGUGGAGAACCUGAACCAGUUGGCCUCUUCCAGUCGACUCCUCUUCUGCUCUCUGGCCACCAGAGGUCGCUGUCUGAGUCUGACACCGACAACAGUGAAGACUGGAGGGCAACGGCUGACAUUCAGUCGACCUCUGUUGCAGAAGAGAAGGAGGACCCGGACAACCAGUCGCUGACCUGCACCCGGUGCGGGAAGACAUGCUCCUCCAGGUCUGGAAUCACUCAGCACUGGAAGACCUGCACCACCGUGAACCUGAGGUCCCUGAGGUGGCUUCACUCAGGAGGAAAACAGUUCUGCUGCCUGGACUGCGGCAAGUGUUUCAACCUGAAGGGGAACCUGAAGAAGCAUGAAAGACUUCACAAAGGAGAGAAACCGUUUGGCUGCUCAGAGUGUGGCAAAUCCUUCAGCUCCAAAGGAGACCUGACGAAACACGUGAGAACUCACACAGGAGAGAAACCGUACUCCUGUUCGAAGUGCGGGAAGAGUUUCAGUCGCUCGUGUAACCUGGCGAGACACAUGAGGAGCCACACGUCCUGGUGCGCCCCGGCCGAUCGAUGACCUGGUGGUGAGACUGACCUGCAGAGCGAGACCCUGAGAAGGAGUGUUGCUGCUUCCUCCAGUCAUGCUAAACUCAUCACAGACUUCCCACGCGACUGACCUCCUCUUGUAGUGACCACAGCGGGAGACUAACCUUACGACCUGACUGCUGUCGUCCACUCAGCGGUUUUGCUAUGAUCAGCAGAAACUGAGUUCAGCUGCUGCAAGUUCUUUUGCUGAACUGAAAAAGCACACGCAAAAAAUGAAGAGCGAAACUACAAGUGGAACCCACGUGGGUGAUAUGUCAGUGUAAGCUGGGUGAAGUCUAUAUCGUCUCGGCUUGUUGUCAAGACAAGCGGCAGCAUGUUUUCCGAUCUUUGAACCGUUAGCUGUGUCAGAUGGAAAGUGUCUGUGAGGAAAUGCAAAUGUGGAAAGACUGCUCCCGAUCCGGGUCUCGAGAGGUGGCUGGGCCAGUUUGAGUUUCUGAGUUGCUGAAGAACCUUCACAUUAUCAUGUUUAUUUGAAUUCAAAUUGAACUCUCUGAAUAAAUGUUUAUGGAACACCUGCAUUUCUACCUGCAGUGAGACGGGUCGAUGGCCCAACUGGAUCUGUUGGGAGAGUGUCACUCCACAGGCGUGAUGCCAGCUACACCAUAGACAGCUGAGUUGUCCUCCGGGUACAGAUGGUUGGUGUCUAUGGAGUCUGACCGAACCAUUUGAAUUUGAUUUAUUUCAUUCUCGCACAGCAUUUUUUCUUUCGCUGGUCCCACCUGCAUGUCCGGAUUCUAUCAAUAGCAGUGUUUCGUUCCAACCUCUCCUCACUUUGAUGAUGGAGAGAUUGCUCUUCUUCCCCUAAUGUCCCUACAAGGAAAGUGUUUUGUCAGGUAUUGGUCCCCAAAACGCAGUAUAAACAAGCCCCCACACACACAUUUGUAUUGCAAUCCCUGUGGGGACAUUGUGGGGACCUCCCAUGGCCCUAAACCUAACCAGCCAAAACACAUGGCUGACCUUAACCAGGACUUUGAACCAAACUGAAACCUUAAUAUAAUAACCCAGUUAUUUUGAAGUCUUUCUCAAAUUCUCCUUAUGUCCCCACGAAGACAUAAAGUCCCCACGAGGAUAGUGUUUUGUCAGGAGUUGGCCCACACACACACACACACACACACACACACACACACACACACACACACACACACACACACACACACACACACACACACACACACACACACACACACACACACACAGAAGUUUCAUUCCACUAUCCACACCGUUACUCUGCUUCUGUGGUGAGACAGUUCUGAUGCUGCCAUGGGGGUCUCUCACGACAUGACCCCCAAGACUACCAGAAACAGUUCAACUCGUAAACCCAAUAACAACUGUUAUUGGUGUGAACGGUCCAUUCUGUCUUCUAAGUUUUGGAUGGAUAAAAAUGCAUCCAUGAGGUUCUCCUGAUGGAGUGGACCCAGUCCGUUAAGUCAUCGAAGAGUGAAAGAAAGCUCCAGGAAAAAAAGUCUUCUCUUGAGAUUAAUCGACAAUGGAAACUAAUCCCUCGACACAAGUCCAUAAACACGUGAAAAUUCUCUCUGGCUUGGUCCGUCAUGUGAAACUAAAACCUGUUGCCACCUGACAGCUCUGGUCUGCUCAUGUGCUCCAGCUGCUUCUUUACAUCAUGAUUGUCAUUGUUAUUGCCAGAUACUCUUAUACAAGGAAUGAACUUCACAGUCGUUCUCUACAGCAGCAAGGACUACAGUCCACACCCAAGCGCAUGAAUGUGAUUCCAGUCCAACUGUAACCGAGCAGUGAUGAGGGACAAACCAAAUGAUGUUCCAGACACCAUAGUGAAAGAAUGACAGGGGAUUUCUGCACUCAGCAGAUGAAGGUGAUGGAUCAUGCCUGCAGCUUCUCGGGUGUGGCAGCCACUCGCUCUGCUUCAUGGUUCUUCUUGUGUCUGUUCAUCCUGCUGGUUGAGGUAAAAGAUUUCCCGCACUCGAUGCAGGUAAAUGGUUUCUCUCCUGUGUGAGUCCUGGUGUGACUGGUCAGGUCUCCUCCCUGAUUGAAACAUUUCCCGCAUAUGGGGCAGCUGAACGGUUUCUUCUCGGAGUGAAUCCUCAUGUGCCUGUUCAAGUGAGACUUCUGUUUGAAACUCUUUCCACAGUUGGAGCAAGCAAACGGUUUUUCUCCAGUAUGAGUCCUCAAGUGGGACUUCAGGGAUUCACUCUGAGUGAAGCACUUGCCACAGUCUGAGCAACUGAAGGGUUUCUCACCUGUGUGUAUUCUCAUGUGAAUCUUCAGUGCUUCACUCUGCGUGAAACACUUCCCACACACUGAGCAGCAGUAUGGCCGGUCGCCAGUGUGAUGCCUCUUGUGGGACGACAGAGCUCCUCUCUGACUAAAGCAUUUCCCACACUGCGUGCAACGAAAUGGUUUCUCUCCAGUGUGUAUUCUCAUGUGGCUCUUCAGUGAUUCACUCAGUGCAAAGCAUCUCCCACACUCUGAGCAGGAGAAAGGUUUCUCUCCUGUGUGACUCUUCAUGUGACUCUUCAGUGUUUCCCGCCGAGCGAAGCACCUCCCACAGUCUGUGCACAUAAAGGGUUUUUCGUCUGUGUGGACUCUGCUGUGCCGCUUCAGAUUUUGACGGUCAUGGAAACGUUUGCCACAGUUUGAGCAACAAAAUGGUCUCUCUUCCGAGUGGGUCAGCACAUGCUCCUUUAAAACUCCCUUUUUUGCAAAAUGUUUGCCACAAACUGUGCAAGGAAAGACUUUUUCUCCACAGGUUCUGAUGUGGCAGGCCAGUCUUUUCUGGUACAAGAACUGUCUGCCACAUUUGGAGCAGUCGAGAGGCUUGUGGUCUCUCUUCUUGGAGUUUGAGGCUGAUUGAGUGUUGCUGGCGUCCUUCCAGUCCUCACUGUUAUCCGUA